CCGCAUGUUGCGUCACCACCAGCUGUGUGGAUUCAUGGAAUAAAGAUCCCGAUCCACUUCUGUCACAUGAAACCACAUGCUGUUUACUGUACUAGACGUGCAGAAUAUAUAUAUCAGAGCCGUUCUCAUUGACAAACAAGCGCGUGGAGCGACCCACGCCUCUGGAUAACACUGCGUUUCUGUAUCUUAUCGAGUCUCGAUUGAGGAUUUAGACGGACGCGAAUCAUCCUCUGCGGGCUGUUUUGUCGGUCAAGGGAGCUAAAAUGUCGAUUGAAAAACAAAGUGUGUCCGAGGAAAACCUUCAGGGUUCCUGGGUGGAGCUGCAUUUUAAUAAUGGAGGCGGCAGCACUCCUAAAGGAGGUUCUGAGGAACAGUCUGCCAGCACCGCCCCAAGCGGAGACCUGGAGAAGAUGCUGCUGGAUGCUCAGCACGAGUCGGGCAGGAGCAGCUCAAGAGGAAGCCUGCCAUGUGACAGUCCUCCAAGAUCCCAGACUCCUUCGCACUUGCGCAGGGGCUCCGAGGUCCACAGCUCUGGAGAAAAGAACAGCUCACAGUCAGAGGAAGACUAUCUGGAGAGAAGAAAAGAGGUGGAGAUCCUGAUGAAGAAAAAUGCAGACUGGAUCUGGGACUGGUCGAGUCGACCAGAAAACCUGCCGCCCAAGGAGUUUCUGCUGAGACACCCAAAGCGUUCCAGCACCCUCAGCAUGAGGAACACCAGUGUGAUGAAGAAGGGAGGAAUCUUCUCAGCAGAAUUCCUCAAGGUUUUCCUGCCCUCUCUUGUCCUUUCGCACAUCCUUGCUGUGGGUCUCGGGGUGUACAUCGGAAGGCGUAUUACUACUUCUGGCACCUUUUGAGGGAGCAGGAAAAGCCAAGAAACAAGACAAAUCUCAUAUAUGCACAUCCACCAUCUCAGCUGCUUGUAAAUCAGUGCUUGUGUAGACGCAGAUAGGAUGAGGUCACGUGACAUUUCCUCUCGCCGGCUGUGGGCCGCUCUGCCUCGCUUCCCCCUUGUGUAUUCCACUGGCCUUUCCCAUAGUUCCUCUCCCAUAAUGCCAGUCCAUUCCAGGGCCGUCAGCACAGGGAAGGCCACACUAGACUUAUGGGCACAUGCCUGAUAGAAUUAGAUGUAAUGUAUCCUCAUAAUUUUAUAUUUACUUGUACCAAGACUACUGAGAAUAUUAUGAGAGGGUCAUAAAAUAAGGGAUGAGAGAGGGGAAAUGUGGUACCAGUAACUGCAGACUGUGAAUUGGGAAGAGAUUUAUCUAACCCAUAAUCAAAACAGGGAUUAUAUAUAUCUUAUGGUAUAUCUCAACAUUUGAUGAUAUAACAAUAUAGGACUUGUUUUACCUUGUCACUAUUUCUCUGUAUCUUGAGGUAGUUUCUGUAUUUAUGAUGUUUCAGACACCAAAAACAGACCUUUGCUUUGGGAAUCAAGUUGUUCAUAGUAUUAUACAAUUAAGCAAUGGUCUUUAGUAAAUACUUGCCAAAAAGUUGAGUACCAUAUCAACACUUUGCUGAAUGUCAACUGAAAUCACUAAUAAAUGUCCAAUAUAAGCUGAGAAAUUGUUGAAUGAAGUUUGCCUCACCUGAACCACAAUCACAGAUGUUCUUUGGUCAUCCGAAGGGUCCGGGUUUCAGCCCAGAGAUCGCCUUAAAUAAAACUGUUAAUGAAUCAGGCAGGAGUAUAAGGGAAAUUGUGUAAAUCUGUGCAUGUUUUGUAGUCUUUAAAAACUGUAUUCGGUGUGUGUGUCAAUUUCAUGGUUUUGUAUCAACAGAGGGAAUCAACAAAUAAAUGUCUGCAAACUGUAA